UGGCAAUAAUGAUUAAGGCCACCGGUUUUGAACCGGUGGCAAUAUUUAAAUAAUAAAAAAACUGCGCCCCUUCUUCUUCUCUUUCCCCAUUCUCUUAGCUUCACUGUUUUAAUUCGACCAAACCUCCAAUUCGAGCUGCAGCAACAACGAAAUCUAAUUGCAUCCAAACCCUACCAUUAGUGGCGCCACAGCCACCGCACCACCAUCCACCACCUCCGCACUCCCUCCGAACCUCCUCCACCACUGAGCAAAUUAAAGCAGCAAGCAGCCACGGGUUUUAGAAAAUUCAAAUUUUCGAGGGAACUUCCUCCACCACUGACCAGGUGCGUGGUCACUGACGCCACAGCCACCGCACCACCAUCCCACAGCCACUGUCCUAAAUUUAGGCUUAAUUUUCUGAUUCAUAUUAUGUAGUGAAGCACAAGCUUAUAUAGCAAAUUCAAGUGGAAAGUUCGAGACAUUACAUCCAUUAUACUUGCUAUAUUGGUGUUUAUAACUCAUGGAGGACGAUUAUGACCCACUAGUAGAGGAUUUGGAGGAUGAUGAUGAUGGCUAUGAGGAUGAGGAUGAGGACAAGGACGAGCCAUAUGAUGUCAACAAGGAGACUGAUUUGGGUGAGCCAGAAGAUCAGGAACAAGAUGCUUUUGAGCGCAGGCUUGAUGAAUUUGAAAUUUUAGCUGAAUGUGCGCCUGCUAUUGAUUCAAACAUUUUGGGAUGAUACCAGGGCAAGUACCUCCAGGCUUGAUUCAAACAUUUUGGGAUGAUACCAGGGCAAGUGUUUUGUUACUGGUGUAGGUAGAGACCGAGUGUACACUUCUUGGGCGAAUUCAAUGCUUGGGCGAAGCAAAUGAACUUACCCUUGCCGUUCCCCUUGACUACACCGGUCGACUCCAGUAGUCACCCAAAAGGACAAGGAGAAGAUGAGAGACAUGGAGAAGAGGAGAUACAUGAGGUUGUUACUCCCACACAUGCGGACUCGAGGGAGGUUGAUAAUCCAACACCCCAUGAAUUUCCAGAUUUAGAGGUAGAGACCGAGUGUACACUUCUAGCCCCGGGGCUAUCAAAUGGAGGAGAGUUACAGUUGGUGGCGUAUGGUAGUGCACAAGCGACGACUGGUGAUACGGUCCAUUUCCAAUCGCUUAGGCCACAACAUUACUUGGUCAGGAUCAAUUCUUAUGUUGCUGGGUUUGAAAACAUCCCACUACCGGUGCCUAUAGUGGAUGAUGGGAUUACUCUUCUUUGGGAAGCAAAGGGUAGCUAUGUGCAAUGGCCACGUGCUUGGGUGAGGUUGAUCAACGAGAUUUCGAAAAAAAGUCAACCAUCAAAGAGAAGGAAGGUGGAGAAGCCUAAAAGCGUUGAUCAACCUACAAAGAAGAUGAGUGAACAAGGGUCGAAGAGUGAACAAGUGUGGAAAAAGAAUUCUUCGAAAGGUUCAGCCAUGCAACCUACUCCACUUGUUGGAGACAAUGUCCUUCAAUCGCUCACUAAGGAUUUAACUUUUCUACACAAUCGUUUUAGUCAUUUGCCUAGUGACGAUUCCAUUGAAAUUGCACUUCCUAAGGCAAUGUUCCAUUAUGAUGAGGAUGCAAGUGCAUGGUUAAACAAACAAGUUGUGAAGGAAUUUUUAAGAGGUUUAAUGCUUAACAUUUCUCUCAUUCAAAUAUUCAUGAGAGAAAUAAUGGCUCCUCCUACCCAAAAGACUUCAAUGCUUAGAUCUAAAAGAGAGUAUGUACCACCUCUAAUGUUAGCAAGGGGGCGUGGGAAGAGGUUAGCAAAUAUAUAUUCACCCAAAAGUCCUCAUCUUCAGCUUAGAGUUGGUAAUGAUUCCCCUAUCCACAAAGGAAGUGCUGAUAGAAAUCUUUUACAGUCAAGGAAACCUCCGCUUGGUCAAUUUAAAACUGUUAGGAAUUCUGCUGUUGUCAAUAGUGUUGAUAAUAUAACUUCCUUUGAUCCAUUAUUUGGCCCCCCCGUCCACUUAAAUUGCAAUAACAGAGAUGAUCAAGAGUCAUCUUUUGAGGCAAGUGACCAAAACUUUCAUGAUGAUGGGCUUCAUUAUCAAUCUGAAGAUGAAGAUAUGCAUUAUGAACAAGGAUAUGAAGAUAACAAUGAUCAUGGUCAAGAUUCAGGUGGAAACAACAAUGAGGCUGAUAAUGAAAAUGAUGUGGAAGUAUCCCCAACAAUGCAAGAAGAUGUUGAUGUUGAAAGUGGUGAUCCAUCAACUUCUAAGAAGAAGAAUGAUUCUGAAAAGAGGAGGGGAAGAAACAAAUGUAAGGAGAUAGCUAAACUGAAACCUAAUGAGAAGCUACAGAUUGAGUUCUUUAACAAUCGAGCAGUGGGAAAGAAUCACAAAGUAUUUGCAAGACAUUUGGGAAUUAUAGUACGAAAUACUAACAUAUGUCCAGUGAGAGUGCACAAAUGGAAUGAUAUUGGAGAAAGAGAAAAGGAACACAUGUGGGCAACAGUUACGGAUGUAUUUGCCAAUGAAAAUAUGGAAACUUACAAAGAUCAUAUUCUCGAGCAUAUGAAGGAGCUAUGGCGAAAAUGGAGGUCAGAUUUAUUAAGGUACAAUGUCACUAAAAAGAAAAUCACCUUAGCAGCUGCAUACAAGGGUAAGCCACCUAAUGGGCUUGACAUGAAUGAGUGGAAAUGGCUUAUCAAGGAGAUAUAUAUGAAGGAUGAUUUUAAGAAAAGAAGUGCAAGAAACUCUGAAAACAGGGGCUACUAUGCUAAAGAGUUAAUGCCUCGAACUGGAAGUAAGCCAUUUAGACAAGUCAUAUGGGACGAUUUGGGGGCAAAUAAGGGAAAUGAGCCAACUUUAGUUGAUGUGUUCUAUUCGACCCGAAAGAAAGGCACGGAACUUCCAAAUGUCGAGACCACACAAAAACUGAAUGAAAUUCGAGAAACAAUGGAAAAAGAUCCAUCUCUUUCCCACGCUGAGAUAGCACAAAAGGUUUCAUUAGUUCCUCAUGGUGAUUUGUCCUGCUAAUAACACAAUCUUUCACCUUGAUUUAGCUCGAUCAACAAAGAAGUACCUCGUGAUGUCUGUACUACAAAAUAUUAUGAAGAAGAUACAUGGUCGUGCUCCACGGGGUCCUACAUGGAAAUCACCUAUGUUUUGCAAGGUGCAAAAGGGAGAUGCGCUAACAAGUAAGGACCUUAAUGAAGUUCGAGACAUGUUGGUAUCUUUCAUCACCUUCAAUUUGUAAAUGUGGCAUCAUUUUGAAUUUAUACUUUGUUAAUUAUUAACUUUUUGAUUACAAUAUUGACUAGUUAUUAGUAUUGUUUGUAUUUAUGUAUAUAUCACACUUUAUUUGUUGUAUUGCAUUUGGUUUUUAAUUAUAAAAGUCUAAAUAUAUAUUUUUAAUUCUUGUUAUGAUUAUUAAUAAUAAUUAUAUUAUGGCAGAAUUUAUAGCAAUAAUAUGGUAGAAUAUUAUAGCAGGAUCAGUUGCAGGAAUAAUUGCAAGCAAAAAAAAAAAAAAAAAAAAAAAGAUCCCUAUUAUUGCCACCGGUUUACCGGUUCAAACUGGUGGCAAUAGUCAGCCUUCCCCUCAAAAAAAAAAGCCGCGCCAUUAUUAUUGCCACCGG